UCGACAUCACAAAUCACACUAGGGUUUGAGAGAGGCCAGGCCGGCCAUGAGUAGUCAUUUCUGGAGGGACGUGCAAUGGUGGGAGGACUGGCAGCUUCGGUUCCUGGUCCUGGCGAGCCUCGCCUUCCAGUACUUCCUCUUCGCCGCCGCGCUCCUCCGGAAGCGCCGCAUCCCGCACUGGUUCAGGGUCCUCGUCUGGCUCGCCUACCAGGGCGGCGACAUCGUGGCGGUGUACGCCCUCGCCACCCUCUUCAACCGCCACAAGAAGGACGAGGUCGCCGCCGGCACCGCGCACCUCGACAUACUCUGGGCGCCCGUCCUGCUGCUGCACCUCGGCGGGCAGGACGGCAUCACGGCAUACAGCAUCGAGGACAACGAGAACUGGAGAAGGCACCUCUUGGUCGCGGCGUCUCAGAUCGCCAUAGCCAUCUAUGUGUUCGUCAAGUCGUGGUGGUUCCAUGACGAGAGGCUGCUGCGCACAUCGAUCUUGCUCUUCGUCCCCGGCGUCAUCAAGUGCCUGGAGAAGCCAUGGGCUCUCAGGAACGCCACCGUCACCAGCAUCGCCAACUCCUCCGACCCACUGAUGACCAUGACCAUGGAAGAAGACGACGGCUCGCUGCCGACGGACAUGAAGUCGCUCGACGAGUACGUGAAAGCCGCGAGGAAGUGCGUCGACGACGAGGCGAAGAGAGAUCCUCCCCAGUUCUUCGACGACAAGAUGAACGACGAGCCCUACCACCUCUUCGUCGACCUCGCCCACCCCUACUCUGUCCGGCUCAAGAACCUGCAGGUCAUGGCGGUGCCGAGCGGCAGGGCGGAGGCGCACAACCGUGUCCGCGCCUACGUCUCCCGGGCGUUCGACCGCCUCUACACCAAGCACAAGGCGAGCUACGGCGGCGUGCUGCGCGCCGUCGUCGUGCUCCUGACCUUCGCCGACAUCGGGCUCUUCGAGGUCACCCGCCGCCGCCGGGGUGAGAGCUCGCCGUACGCCCGCGCCGACGUCGUCGUCACCUACGUCCUGCUGUGCUGCACUGCCGCCCUGGAGCUCGUCUCCGCCUCCGUCGUCCUGGGCUCCGGCCUGCCGGAGACCGACGACAAGGCCGCACAGUACAACCUCAUCGCCUACCUCGCCCGCAACAGGAGGCGCCGGUGGAUCAGGCACCUCGCGUUCCUACUGGGGAUCAAGGACCAGCUGGACUGGCUCUGGUUCACGGCGCCUCCCCAGCCCACCCGCCGCGUCACCGAGCUCGUCCACGACCACGUCGCCGGCGGCUGGAAGCCGAAUGGCUACAUAAAAUCCUUGGACGACUACCGCCGGUUCAACGACAGCCGCGGCCAGCGGACGCUCGAGAGGGAACGAUGCGGCGGCACGGCCCUCGCGGCGAGCCUGCGCAUGCCAUUCGACGAGAGCGUCCUCGUCUGGCACCUCGCGACGGAGCUCUGCUACUUCGACCACGUCGACACCGGCGGCGACGCCACCCGGCACGGCAGGGUGAUCUCCAACUACAUGGCCUACCUGCUGUUCGCCAGGCCGUGGAUGCUGAUCCCCGGCGCCAGGCGCGGGCUCUUCCGCGCCGUGUACAUCGAGCUCCGGGAAAUGCUCAAGGAGGAGCCGUCAGAGCUGGACGACGAGGAGGAGGAGGCGGCGGUGGCGGAGAAGUUCUCACCGACAGCCAUGGACGAGAUCGCGCGGAAGAUCAUCCAGAAGCUGAGGAACUCACCAACGAGCUCAGACGCCCGCCCACGUGCUCGCAGACUUCCCGCCGAUCUCGUUCGCAAAGCUUGGGCGCUCGCCUACGAGCUCAUGGAGUUUGCCACGGAGAAGACGAAGGAAUUCAUCAAGGAGGAGGAGCAGAAGCCGCCCCCGACGGAGGAGGAGAAGAGGAAGGCGGCGGCGGAGGAGGAGAAGAAGCAGCUCACGGCGGAGAAGAAGGAGGCGGAGCAGAAGCCGCCGCCGACGGAGGAGGAGAAGAGGAAGGCGGCGGCGGAGGAGGAGAAGAAGCAGCUCACGGCGGAGGAGAAGAAGGAGGCGGAGCAGAAGAGGAAGGAGGUGCAAGCGAAUCGUGCCAAGAAGCACGGGGACGCGAGGAUGUGGGAGGUGAUCCAGGGCGUGUGGGUGGAGAUGCUCUGUUUCUCGGCCGGGAGGUGCAGAGGGUACCUGCACGGCAGGAGCCUGGGCAAGGGCGGCGAGUACCUCUCCUACGUGUGGCUCCUCCUCUCGUACAUGGGGAUGGAGACCAUGGCGGAGAGGAUGCAGAGGACGGAGCUGGGGCCCGUGGAAGGGGACGCGGGGGCUCUGGUAAAGACCUCGGAUCCGGACGACGACGACGAGGAAGAACUGGCACAGCUGGCUCGCCCAGUGGCACCCAGAGGCGCAACGGCGGCGGCAGCGGUGGCGCCAGCGGCGAUGGCGGUCUCGGUUGCAGCCGUGGUGCCCGUCCUUGGCGAUGACAAUGUCUGACGGAUGGAGGAAUAAUGGUGCAGUGAACUGUGGAGGUUCGUUGUUUUGUGUUGCUGUUGGUUGCCCUUUUAUGUUCUAUUCUUAAAGGUACAAACUUGUACGUGUGUCUGAUCACCGCUCAGGCUGUUCUUCAUUCAUGCGUACGUGCUAGUAACUGUGGUUUCGUGUUGCUAAUGAUGCUACCGCCCUAUCAUCUUGUUACCGAGCAAUAAAAGUUAUACAGGGUAUGUUGUUUCUCUUA